UAUACUCAAAUGGUAGCAACAGUUGACUGUCAAAGAAGUUAAAUCAAUUGAUAAUACAGAUGAGUUCAUCUGAGCGACCAUUAUAUCGAUCACCUUUGGUGUCCUCUCUGUCCACACCCGAAGUGUUUCAUACAUUCAUUACAAAUCACGAGAAGGGACUGAAGGAUGGCUUUUAUAACUCCAUUGCAUUGAUAUUCUUGAUGUUUGUGGUGAUUGUCAUCUAUAACUGCUAUUGGAUUCUUCAGCCAUUUCUUAGACCUCUUGUAUGGGCAAUACUUUGCGGAUCAGCUCUUCAUCCGUUUAAACGACAACUACAACUAUGUUCGCAAAAGUGGAUAACAGAUCUGAAAAGUGAUGGCAAACCCAUAACAUUGGGUACACUAUGUCUACCAUUGAUUAUUAUCAACAGUGGACUCGAUGUGAUAAUUGUGUUAAUUCAUGUGAUAUCACUAUUUGGUACUUCCGGACAAAUUUUAUUUUUAUUAUUUAUUUCAAUUAUAAUUAUCGGUCUUUUAAAGACUUUAAUUACUGGUCAAUCUAUUUCUGGUUCUAACGAUCAAACAGAUGGUUUAGUUGAUAUGUCGAUUAAACUCAAGAAUAUAUUUAAUUCUAUGAUCGUGUCAUUCAAUAAUUUUAUUCGUUAUAAGGAUACUGAAGAACCAAAUGAAGAAAUAGAAGAUAAAAGUGGCGAAAAUGUUAGCAAUGAUGAGAUAAAAAUGUAUAAAUCUGUUGCCACGAGUCCACAGAACUGGUCUGAAGUUAGCAAUGAAUCUAUUAGUCGGAGGAGUAGUAAUGUCUCAAAUAAAUCUUAUACUAAAAACCAAAGCAAUACUUAUUUAUGUACUGUUUUAUGGGCUGUUGUUUUUGUCCAACUUUGGUCUCAUCGAAGUAUCAUUUAUUUGGUUUUGAUUCCCAUUGUAUUUAAAUCAUUGAUUAUAUUCUCAUCUUAUUUAUCAAGUCUUUUAUUUGAAGAAAAAGAUCGACUCAUUAGAUAUAUUGAGAAAAAAAGUGAAGUUAUUUUCACACCAUUUAUACAAAGACUUUGGAAUUACUUCAAAAUUGGUGAUAAACUGAUAAUGGAUCUGAUAGAGGCAUCGUUGAACAGUUURACCAGUUUAUCAGUUAUAUGUCUGACUGUUAUCUCAAUUUUAUUUAUCGGAAUAUUCAUAUCAAUUCAGAUUUAUGGAGAAAGCUUGCAAUUAGUUAAUUUGAUGGGAAAUAUAUUUAAUAAAACAAUUAGCUAUUACCCAGAAGCCACCCAAUUGUUACCCGAAAGUAUAAAAGGAGUGGACGGCAUGUUGGAUCAGAUGGUCAAAAAUGGUUAUGAAUACGGGCGACAAUAUAUUAAAAAUUCCAUAAGAAAUACAUUAGACGUCGACUCUAAUGUCACACAAAGUAAAGCCGUUGAAAAACAAAUACUUGAAAUAUGGGACAGGGCUUACCAUUUAUGGCUUAUCCGUAACACAAAUGAGACCAAUUCGGUGCCUAAGAAGGGCCCGUAUGAAUUUGAUAAGCUAUACAACGCAUUCAAGACAUUGAAUUUAAAUCUUGUCUUCAAUAUAGUCAAAGAAAAUAUCGAUACAUUGAUCUCAAUAUUUGAAUCCGUAUGGCUUCUCCUAAAAGGCAAUAUCUCAUUAUUAUUUACAGCUUUGGCCGCCGUUUUCUCCACAUUAUUAGGCGGCGGAUUAGGUCUCAUGAAUUUAGUCUUAAGUUUUAUAAUCUUCACGACUGCUCUCUUCUAUUUAUUGUCUGCAAGUGGAGAGUACUAUAAACCGGUAGAACUGGUAAAUCGUAUAUUUCCUUCAGAAGUGACUUCACAAGAAGUGAGUGUUAGUUCCAACAACAAGUUGGGUCGUGCGGUUGAAGAAGCUAUAAAUGGAGUUUUUACCGCAUCUCUUAAAAUGUCCGCAUUUUAUGGACUUUACACUUGGCUGACACACAGAUUAUUUGAUGCAAAUAUUGUUUAUAUACCUUCAGUAAUGGCGGCCACAUUCGGUGCCAUACCAUUCCUCAGUGCCUUUUGGGCCUCUUUUCCUGCUUUUUUGGAUCUAUUCUUUGUUCAAAAUGAGACAACAAAAGCUGUUUUAUUGUUAAUAGUUGCCUAUACGCCCUCAUUCUUUGUCGACUCAACCAUAUAUAGUGAGAUUAAAAGUGCAGGACAUCCAUACCUAACAGGUCUGGCCAUUGCGGGUGGAGUUUUCUACUUGGGUUUUGAAGGGGCACUUAUUGGACCUAUUCUUUUAUGUUGUCUGUUUGUGGCCUUUAAUAUUUACAGCUCUAUUAUGCAGGAAAGUACAGCACCGACGGCAACAACAGGUCACUCACAUUCGCACAAAAGAGAUUUAUUUAAACGAAUGUUAUCACAAAACUAA